GCAGAUAAGGAAGUUGACAAAAAGGAGGAUGUCAAAGAAAGGCAUGGGUGUGGGGAAUCCUGCAUCUGUUCCAGGUGCCCUGGAUGGUGCUUUCAGUGGUCGUGUCUUUGAGCAAGCUGUGCUUCCUGUGACUACGGCUCUGCCCCGCUGCCAGCUCCUCCCAGUGCUAUCAGCCAUCAUCACUUCUGGGGGGAGAAAGCAGAGAUUAAGGGAGGAGCCUGCCACAGUCUCUUGGAUGUCCUGUGGAAGUUAGAAAACGUAUUCUGGAGAGGCUGAAAGGAGACCAGGAGAUAUGGUAUUCAUGUUCGCUUCCACAGAACCCGACCCUUGGAAAAAGAAACACACCGUGGCAAUAGAUCUUCCCUAGAUAGGACAGAAGCGAUUAAAGGAUCUCCUCCUCCACCUUCCCUGUGCCCAAACUCUACUGAUCUCCCAUCCCAUGAAGAUGACUGGGUGGAAGAAGAAGCUUUGCCGGGGGCAUCAUCUGUGGGCCCUGGGCUGCUAUAUGCUGCUGGCCGUUGUUGCUCUGAGGCUUUCUCUCAGGUUGAAAUGUGAUGUAGAUUCCUUGGAUCUGGAGUCCAGGGACUUCCAAAGUCAGCGCUGUAGGGACGUCUUGUACAAGAACCUGAAGCUGCCAGCAAAGAGAUCCAUCAACUGUUCUGGGAUCACACGAGGGGACCAGGAAGCGGUGGUCCAGGCUCUCCUGGACAACCUGGAAGUCAAGAAGAAGCGGUUGCCUUUCACUGACACCUAUUACCUCAACAUAACCAGAGACUGUGAGCGGUUUAAGGCCCAAAGGAAGUUCAUACAGUUCCCACUGAGCAAAGAAGAGUUAGACUUCCCCAUUGCAUACUCGAUGGUGGUCCAUGAGAAGAUUGAAAACUUUGAACGGCUGCUGCGAGCUGUGUAUGCCCCUCAGAACAUAUACUGUGUCCAUGUGGAUGUGAAGUCCCCAGAAGCUUUCAAAGAGGCAGUCAAGGCCAUUAUUUCCUGCUUCCCCAAUGUCUUCAUGGCCAGUAAGUUGGUCCCAGUGGUUUAUGCCUCCUGGUCCAGAGUGCAGGCUGACCUGAACUGUAUGGAAGACUUGCUCCAGAGCUCGGUGCCAUGGAAAUACUUACUGAAUACAUGUGGGACAGACUUCCCCAUAAAGACCAAUGCCGAGAUGGUUCUGGCCCUCAAGAUGUUGAAUGGGAAGAACAGUAUGGAGUCUGAGAUACCUUCUGAGUACAAAAAAAAUCGCUGGAAAUACCGCUAUGAGGUGACAGACAGACUGUACCUAACCAGCAAGAUGAAGGACCCUCCCCCUGAUAAUUUACCUAUGUUCACGGGGAAUGCCUAUUUUGUGGCUUCUCGAGCCUUUGUCCAACAUGUCUUAGAGAACCCCAAAUCCCAAAGACUGAUUGAAUGGGUCAAAGACACCUAUAGCCCUGACGAACACCUCUGGGCCACCCUUCAGCGUGCUCCAUGGAUGCCUGGCUCUGUUCCUUACCACCCCAAGUAUCACAUCUCAGACAUGACUGCCAUCGCCAGGCUCGUCAAGUGGCAGAACCACGAGGGAGAUGUCAGCAUGGGGGCACCUUAUGCACCCUGCUCUGGAAUCCAUCAGCGGGCCAUCUGCAUUUACGGGGCCGGGGACCUGCACUGGAUUCUUCAGAACCAUCACCUCUUGGCAAACAAGUUUGACCCAAGGGUGGAUGAUAACGUCCUGCAGUGCUUAGAAGAGUAUUUACGUCAUAAGGCCAUCUAUGGGACUGAACUUUGAGCUGUACUGUGGGCGGAUUGCUACCCAAGGGCC